GCCAUUGUUCUUUGCGACAUGAAAUUUUAACAAGCAAAAUUACUCCUGACAUCUUUUGGUUUUGGCUGCGCGUUCAGUUAUUACAACUUAAGUGAAAUUAUCCUCGGUAGUUGAUUUUGUACGUCAAAACCGGUUCCUCCUUAAACUGAGUUAGAAAUCUGGUGAUGUGGUAUACAGCAUGACAGCAAAGUAGAUAGUUUGGAUCAUUGAAAAAUCUUCAGUCGCUCAAAAUGAGGAAUUUCAAUGCCAUAUUAUUUUUGUUUACUGGAGUUUUAUAUUUAAGUGCUUGUGAAGCAAAAUGCCGGGGGAAAAAUGCCGCGAAACUAAAAAGAAGUCUAAAACUAGCCAUAUCGUCCGACGAUAUAAACAACCGCCAUAAAGCCGGACUAAGAAAAAUAUUUCGACGAAAAAGAGACGCUAACGACGAGGAGAUUGAAAGCGAUAUAUUCACCGCGGAAAUAAAAUUUCUUCAAAAAUGGAAUCCUGCUAUGAGCCAAAAAGACGGAAGUGCAUAUCGUUUAUUUCAGGGCAAUGUUCUUGAUUCAAUUUUAGAGCAAAUGAAUGCAGAUCGACGAUUUAUCAAUUCUCGUGUACUUGAUCUGAAGCAAACACCUGAUGGUAUUCUUGCAAAAGUUGGCUUCCACUUCAGAAAGAGCGAACACAAUCCAAUAUCACACAUACGCUUUGUUGUUUCACGUGGUCACGUAUCGAGUCUGAAGGUCGAUAAAAACUAUUUCAAAAUCAUGAAAACCCCAGCGACCUUAUUUAAGGAACAUGAGGACAAGAAAGCACAAACUCAACACCAGCAAACUACUAAUGUAGAAAAUAUCCUAAAAAAUAAUCCCAGCGUAGCACAACAGUCUAAUCCGAACCCUGCAACAAAACAACAGGAAAAUGAAACCCCACUGACAGUUAGCAGUCAAAAUAAAGAUCAACCUAAAAAUCUGCCGAAUGAUAUUUACCAAACUCAAAAUCAACCAUCGGCUUUGACGGGAAAUUCAAAUCAACCUCAAAAUGAGGCGAAACCUCCGGCUUCAAGUCAAACUCAAGGUUCUACACAACGCCAGGGCAACCAACAGCAAAUCCAAAGCGCGCAGGAUAAUAAACAAUCUCCGCAAUCCAACGAUCAAAGAACAUCUCAAGUACAGAAACAACAGCAGCAGCAACAACAAGCAGAAGAUAAAGUACAGAAUCAGAAUAAGGACAAUGCUCAAGAUUUGGAUAACCAAUCUACGUCUGCUCAACCACAAAGCCCAUAUCAAACUGAGGCAACAAACACGGAAUACCAAAAUUAUCCUCAAGAUCAGAAUCCAGCGUAUCUGCCAGAAGCACAACAAUCCACAUCCCAGUCAACACAGAACAUACCUUACCCGUCUGCCACUGCUGCCAAUGGUGCUCAAAACCAAAAUGGUCAAUUGAACGAUGGCAAACAGAAUGAACAAAUUAGCCCAAAACCUGUCGAAAACACGUCACCACAACUGCUGGAUUCUGAUGAAGGGGAUAUAUCGAUCAAAAUGAAUCAAGCUUGGUUUCCUUUCCUUAGCAAUCACGAUACUCCACAAUAUAAAAUGUUAGCGGGGAACUUAGAGAAAGGACUGAAAUCAGUGUUGGAAGAUGACAAAAAUAUCAAAGAUAUCAAAGUAAAGGACUUAUCACAAGCUGAUGAAGGACACACAACAGUGGAAUUUCUUCUUCAGUUCAAUGGCGGCCAGAAAGAUUCAACCGAAAAAUUACGAAAGAUUGUCAAAACCGGAGAUAUUGCCGGAAUUUCUGUUGACUCAGACUUUUUCGAAAUAAAAGAUAACAAGAAACCGGCCGUGAGUGAUAACUCGCAAUCGUAAAAGCAAGAAGCAAAAACCUGUUCUCAUGUGUUGAUUUGGUUUUAUCUGAUGAGGUCAUGUACCUUGAUUUCUCUCAGGAACUGUUAACUUUUGACAAACAUAUUAAAUAAUUUAUUAAUGAAAAUUAAAUGUUUUUGAAAUAUAA